CUUAGUGCAUUUGUGUGAUUAUUGAUCGAAGUAAAGCCUUUUGACUUCAGAUCCUCUGAAAGUUAACAUUGAUUAUUUUUCAUUCACUGAUAAAUACCCAAUCAUUCUCGUUUAAAGACAAAAACGCGAGUCCACAAUUCUUUCACAAAUUUGUUCUGUGUGCCAAUUUUAUCUAAAGAAUCUCAUUCUUUAAUCUCUGGGAACCCCUAUGGAACCCACUGUGGAGCAGCACAGUUCUCAUUGGGUUCAACGAAGUCUCGCGAUGGUUUAGCAUGACAGAGCAUAGUGGAUACGAGAACUGGCGUGGGACGGAUUGAGAAGAGUUGUUAUCGAAGAAGAGGGAGAAGAGACAGAGGCUGGAGCAGAGCAGGGGGUGUGUGAAUGUGUUUGUGAGGUCCAAAAAAGGAGCACAACACGGGUUGAAUGAGAGAGGCAAACUGGCGGAUUUCAAUAUGGCAUCCGGAGAUACUCUGUACAUUGAGACAGACGGCUCGGAGAUGCCGGCCGAGAUCGUUGAGCUCCACGAGAUAGAGGUUGAAACGAUACCGGUUGAGACUAUCGAGACCACGGUGGUCGGUGGGGAUGACGAUGACGACGGGCAGCCCAUGAUCGCGCUCCAGCCGCUGGUCACGGACGACCCCAACUCGAUCCACCAUCACCAGGAGGUGAUACUGGUUCAGACGCGAGAGGAGGUAGUCGGUGGGGAUGACUCGGACCUGCAUACAGACGGCGGUGGCGGAUUCGAGGACCAGAUCCUCAUCCCGGUACCAGCUCCGGGGGUUGAGGACGAGUACAUUGAGCAGACUUUAGUGACUGUGGCUGGGAAGAGCUCUGUGGGUCGGGUGAAACGGGGAGGCGGCACUGGUGGAAAGAAAGCGGGCAAAAAGAGCUAUUUAAGCGGAAGCGAGGCUGGUGGAAGAAAAUGGGAACAGAAGCAGGUGCAAAUAAAGACACUGGAGGGGGAAUUUUCUGUUACAAUGUGGGCGUCGGAUGACAAUAAAGACAUUGACCAUGAGUCGGUGGUGGAAGAACAGAUUGUUGGGGAGAACUCCCCUCCGGAUUACUCCGAGUACAUGACAGGGAAGAAGCUGCCCCCUGGUGGUAUCCCGGGAAUUGACCUCUCAGAUCCUAAACAGCUGGCCGAGUUUGCUAGAAUGAAGCCCAGAAAGGUCAAAGAGGAUGACGCUCCCCGGACGAUAGCCUGCCCUCAUAAAGGCUGCACAAAGAUGUUCAGAGAUAACUCGGCCAUGAGGAAACAUCUCCACACCCACGGCCCACGCGUCCACGUCUGCGCGGAGUGCGGCAAAGCCUUCGUGGAGAGCUCCAAGCUCAAACGCCACCAGCUCGUCCACACGGGCGAGAAACCCUUCCAGUGCACCUUUGAAGGCUGUGGGAAAAGGUUCUCUCUGGACUUCAACCUGCGCACACACGUGCGGAUCCACACUGGAGACCGGCCCUACGUCUGCCCUUUCGACGGCUGCAAUAAGAAAUUCGCCCAGUCUACCAACCUAAAGUCUCACAUUCUCACACACGCCAAAGCCAAAAAUAACCAAUGAGAGCCCAUCCAUCCAGCGUCGAGCCACUAAGGCGGGAAGAACCCACCCCAAAAAGCCGAGCGUCCAGGUGGCACGCUCCAAACCUCUUUAGAAGGCGAAAUGAAAAGCUUGAGACUCAUUGAUUUCAGAGAUAAAAGAUCAGACAGAUUUGAAAGACAAACCCACGGAGAAUCAGCUGGCUUUCCCGCGCAUCCCUUUGUUCUGCUGUCACAUUGGAUGAGGAACACAGUGAAUCGUCCCCAAACAGGCCCGGCCAACACCAGUCCCCGCUUUCUCCAGUGGCACUCGACUGCCAGAAGAUGGAACCCAUGGACAAACAUCAGAGACUUAUUUUUACCAGAGAACAGAGAAGCAACAGUUUAUUAGUAUCUUUAUUUUGUCACUUUGCUUUUAUGUCCCUCCAAGUGUGCAUAUUGUACACUUGCCUCAGGCUGUGUUUAGUAAAAUUGUGAUUACCCUUUUUUUUUCCCCCUUAUGAAAUCAUACUGAUAUAGAAAACUAGGCCUCAGCCUUGUUCGAACUGGUUCACACUUACAAGUUAAAAACGGCUGUAUGUUUGCAUUUCCACACCUUCUUCCGUUGUAUUUUUCUCUAACCACAAAAUAACCUUGUAUACCUGUAUUUUAUGGCUGUAUUAAAAUUAAGUAGACCUAGAUAGAGGUGUGAUUCAAAGUGUUAACCAAUUAAACCUUUUAGUCAUGAGUUACUUUCUAUUUUCUAUUAACUGUCUUCGCGCAGAUGAGUGAGUAAUGUGAACGUACUCUGAGCCUGUCACAGUUGAAGUAUCUGAAGCCUACAUUGAACCGAUCGCGAAACCAUCACUUCUUUGUUAGAAUGUAAUGUACAGGUGUCAGCCAUGAACUUCCUUUGUUGAUAUUUACACCCAUGUAUCUCAGCUGCCCACAAUAAAAAAAAAAAAGGGUCAUUCCAACUCUGUUGAACUACACGGUGAGUUUUACCACGUGAAUCUUUUUCUCUGACCAGCUGGUUUAAAAUGAGUACGCAGGGGUGAUAAU